AUGUUAUUUACAUCCAUUCCUUUUGAUGACAAUAGUACUCUCAUAGCAUCAUCACCUACAGCAGACGAAGCAGCAGAAAAUAAUAGCAAUAUGAAUAUCCCUAUUCAUCACAAAAUCAAAAUGUCUGCAACAUCAGUGAAGAAUUAUUACGAUAGCGAAGACGACGAGGAAACAUUGGCGACAGCUAUAGACGAUCUAUCCAGUCUUAUCUUAUACCCUUCCCAUUCAUCAGCCGACGCUGAAGUAUUCCAGGAGCAAAUGCAGGAUCCCACCAAUGCUCGGAUAUCCCAGUAUCAGAACACUUACUUUAUGGAUGGAGGUGUUCGUUUCAUCUCUUUGCCCACAUUAGGUACAAGCAGUACAAAACUAACUACACCUAUAGCUCGUAUAUUUGAAGAUUGGUUAGCGAACAAGCUCUAUAGUCAUCCGAACAAAACAGUGAAUCUGCAUAGUAAUACCUACCAAAAUGUGCACUGUUAUCGCAAUAAUGAUAAUGACGAUAUGAUGAUAAUGGAUCAAUCGCCGGAGGAUGAAUUAGAUGACCAGUUACCAAUUUUGGAAGACAACAUAGAAUUAUUAUCUGAAGAUAUCAUGAACAUGUUUAAAUCAAGAAAAAGGAACCUAAAAGGCUUGUCUAAGAUCCUCAUCAAAGUGAGAACUGGUCAUGUAUACAGUUACCACCAAUUAGAAAGCGGUCAACCUUUGAUCACUGAAGACAUGGAAGACUUUUUCCAGCAAUUUCCAUUAUUCGUAGAAAUCAUAAUUUAUGCUACACAGAAGCAGCAAUCGUCACAGACAGCCUCAUCCACUUCCUUCUCCUCCUCCUUACUAAAUUCUCCCUACUAUUACCAUCAUUGCCAACCAGCGCAGCAGAAGCCUUCGUAUCAGCGAAAUACCGAUGAACUAACACUGUUACUUGCAAUGGAAAAUACUUCGCUAAACCUUGGAAAUCCCUAUACAAUAAUGGAAACCAUUUCCUUAUAA